GUCUAAUUCUAAUUCUACAGAAAAAAGAAGACGAAAAAGGGAUAAUGGAAAUUUGUCAGCAGCAGAAACCCUAAAACUCGAUAGCCCCCUGUUACUCGCAUCAUUCUCAUCCCACGCACGCUCGCAGAUCACUGAACCGCCAUUGCUGAUUGCUUUCAGGGUUAGAAAUGGCAGAGAAGACGACGGUUGAAAUCGUGGACGAUCAGGCUGAGGAUUUCUUCGAUGCCGAUCAGGCGGCGGGGUUCGGCCGCAAGGUCGAGGGUUUGGAGCGGGAGAAGCUUGAGCUGCAGCGCGAGAACAAGGAGACGAAGGAGAAAAUCCAGGAAUUGACGGCGGAGAUCGAGAAAUUGAAGAGCAGCGAGAAGGACACGAAGGAGAGGCUUAGGGAGAUGGAGUUGGAGAUCGAACGGACUGAGGAGGGGAAAGAUGUGCUGGAAUCGGUUGCGAAUAGAGCGAUGGAGCUUGAGACUGAGGUAGCGAGGCUCCAACACGAUCUGAUCUCCGCCAUGGCCGAAGUGGAGGACGCGAAUCACGAAGUUGCGGAGCUGAAGCGUGAGUUGGGAGAGAAAGGGGAGAAAAUUGAUAGCUUGGAGAAGGAGCUCGAGAGCCUGAAGAAGGCGAAGGCUGAUAGCGAGAAGAGGGUUAGGGAAUUGGAGAGGAAGAUUGGGGUUUUGGAAGUGAAGGAGACUGAGGAGAAGAGCAAGAAAAUUAGGGUUGAGGAGGAGAUGAGAGAGAGACUUGAUGAGAAAGAGAGCGAGCUUAGCUUGUUCAAGAAGAAAGUGGAGGAUUUGGAGUCAGUUAUUGCGAAGAACAGUGCUGAAUUGGGGAAGAGAGUGAACGAGAGGGUCAAUGUCGAGGCAGCGCUGAGGGAAUCGGAGGAUAAGUGCAGAGCCAUGGAAAUGAAGAUGGGACAAUUACAGAAGGACGUGAUGGAUGCUGAGAAGGUUAUUACUGGAUUGAAGGAGAGGACUGUUGAGGCCAUUAAUGGUACUGCGAAUGAAAUGAAGGAGAUUCUGGAGGGUGGAGAGACGGGGUCGAAAGGAUUGAGCUUGCCAGUUGUGGCAGGGUCUACUGGAGUCGUUGUUGCAGCAGCAGCUGCUGUUCUCUAUGUGUUGUAUGUAAGGCAGAGGUGAUUGGAUUGCAAUGCGGCAUUGAGGAAAGAAAU